CCGAUGAGACAUCCCUAUAACAACACAACAAACACCGCACCGGGCAUCACGCACUUGAUUUUGUUUUGUAUUCGCUAGUUUUUGGGUUUUUGGUGAAAUUUUCGCUCCAACAAUCAAACCCUACCACCGGAAAUAAUAAUGGGUGUUACAAUUCUACAGCCGUACCCCGUCGAGAACAAGUCCGGCGCGCAGACCAUCGAAUUCCUAGUGAAACGCGUCCUGGCCCUCGGAGCCGUCCAGGUCGGCCACUUUUUGGUAGACUGUGAAACGUACACUUCCAUUCCGCAGAUCGGUGCGACGAAAACCGUUCAUAUUCUGCACAACUCCGAGCAGCCCGCUUCGGUGUUUUCUAUCCUGGACACCGGCACCAAGCAGAUUCCCCUCGUUACGGACGGGUUGUUCGAUUUGCUGAUGACGCGAAUCUCGCCGGUAUACACUUCCAAGAAGCAAACCAAGAUAGAGUCUAAGGGACCACGGUUCGAGUUCGGGGAUUUCCUGAUCAAGUUAGGAAGCGUUACCAUGAGUCAAAACUUCAAGGGUGUGCUGGUGGAGGUAGAGUACCGGCCCUGCCUGGUGGCAUCUAGUUGCUGGGAAUUGAUGCGGGAGUUUCUGCAGGGUUUUCUGGGCUCGAACGUUUCGAACACGAUCCCGGCAUAUUUUGCCCAGCGCAUCAACAUCAACACUAAUCACACGAAAGCCAACGACGUUUACCAACCGAUCGACACAAUUAAUCAGUAUCUGGAACAUUUUACCAACUACCGGAAGCAGACUACGCCGGUCGUGGCGCCGAGGGUUUGAGUUCGGGACACGGAAGAUUAGUUUUAGGUGUAGGUUUAUGUUCUAUCAUGAUAAUAAUAUGCGUGUCCAGAGUA